AUGUACGAACACAGUCCUCUUUUCUCAUCUAUUUUGCCUGAAAGGACCAAAUUUAAAUAUGUUGUGCCACGUCCUUUAGAUACUGGUCACGGCAUCCUCUACGUAUCGGACAGCACUGGAACUAUGUUCACCGAAUCACUUCGUCGCCACUUCUAUCCCAAUCAAGCCACUGCCACCGAUUUCUUCCGAGUUCUCUCAAUUCCAGGCACAUUCUUGGCCACCCAAAUGAAUCCAGACACCACGUUGCGCACCGUAAUAACUCACAAUCGAGGUGCCACAUGGCAACCCCUGCCUGUGCCACAAGGGCUUUCCUGCGAUUCACCGAAAUCCAAAAUGAUCCAAGGUGAGCAGUCAGGAAUUGUACCUGCUGAUUACUCCAAUUCCGCUGAACGUCUCAAGGCUACUUCGUCUUCUGGUCAGAGCAACUCUAGUGAAUCUUUUGAACCGGUAUGUGGUUUACAAGUGAGUAACCAAUUCAGUCUCCGAAAGCGCGUGGUGGCUUCACCGCCUCUAACGACAUCAUCGGCUCGAGGAUUAAUUCUUGUCCAUGGUCACGUCGCGACACAUCUCAAAACAACUCCAGCAGAUGUUUUCGUCUCCAAUGACGGAGGCUACACUUGGUUUAAGGUGAGUAUAUCGCCACUUCCCCUUUGCUAUCUACCCGUUCGCACGACUAAUUAUUGGACAACUGAUUUAGUACGCCCUCAUUUUCAUCUACUAUUGGCCACCUGGGCGAACGGGGAACGUACAUUGAAUGAUUAA